AUUUGAAUUUUGGUGAAUAUUAUAUGCAAAAAUGUAAAAGAUGCAAAAGUGAUAAGAACAUUAUCUUAGCAUAUAAACCUUUAGACAAAGGGGAAAGUAGCAAACAUAAAAGGCAUUUGUGUGCAAAAUGUUUAAGUGGUGAAGAAUGUAUUGAAACCGGCGACUACUUGGGAAAAAAAUUCUAA